ACACAACCAAUUUAUUCUUCUUCUUCUUGUUCCAGGUACCAACCCAUCCCACUCGCUUCAAAACUGUCAUAUUUUAACACUGACCAUUAAUACCCUUGCAGAGCACAAGAGGGGGUCGGAUCCCUUCCCAUCAUUUUUUGGGUGGGAUUUGGAAAAUUCCCAUUGUCUCACUUACAGUGUUGCUUCCAUGGGCUUCAAUUACUACGACAUACUGAAAGUGGAGCGCUAUGUGAAUGAGGAUGACCUGAAGAAGGCCUACAAGAGAUUGGCAAUGAAGUGGCAUCCGGACAAAAACCCCGUCAACAAGAGAGAAUCGGAAGCCAAAUUCAAGCAGAUCUCCGAGGCCUACGACGUCCUCAGUGACCCGCGCAAGCGUCGGAUCUACGAUCGCUAUGGUGAGCAAGGUCUCAAGGACGCUGAAUUCACGCCUCCUACUCCUCCCUCUAAGGGAAAUUGCGGCCGCCGCGACAGUUUCCGUUUCGACGAAACGGAGGAGAUUUUUGGGGGAUUCGAUGCAACAGGGAGAGGAAACCCCCCACCGCCGCAGCAUAAUGAGAAAGCUCCGGCCCUGGAGCGCAUCCUGCCGUGCACUUUGGAGGAGCUCUACAUGGGUGUUCGUAAGAGGUUAAAGAUCUCACGCACUGUCUAUGAUGUUUUAGGUAAGCAGAAGAUUGUUGAGGAAGUGGUAAAGAUAGAUAUCAAACCUGGGUGGAAGAAGGGCACGAAAAUCACUUUUCCGGGGAAAGGAAACGAAGAACCUGGCAUCACUGCAGCUGAUGUUAUUUUUGAAGUGGAUGAGGAACCCCACCCUGUUUUCGAGAGAGAUGGAAAUGACCUUGUGGUCAAUCAGAGAAUAACCUUAUUGGAUGCUCUAACUGGGAAGAACCUCAAUUUGACAGCCUUGGAUGGAAGGAAUCUCACCAUCCCACUCCCGGAUAUUGUUAAACCCGGUCAUGUGGUGGUCGCCGCAAAUGAAGGAAUGCCCAUCUCUAAAGAACCCAGCAAGAAAGGAAACCUUAGAAUUAUAUUCGAUGUUGUGUUUCCAUCAAGGCUUACUGCAUUGCAGAAAUCUCAUCUACAGACAGCUCUAGGGGCGAACAUUCAUUAACACAGUUAUCCAGAGACAGAAAGUAAAUAGGUUUUGCUUAGGAUGAAAAAAAAGUUUGAAGCAGUGGUAGCUACUAACUUAAUUUCUUAUCCUUCUUUAUGAUUUUUCUAAUUUUAAUUUUACAUUGUAAUUCUACUCCUUAUGAAUAAAAGUAUCGAAAAGUUUUAUCCUA